AUGCUCCGAUCCUGCCGACCAACACGGUCACUCCUCCGAACCCGUCAGCCAUGGAAUAUUUGUAAAGGUAGCCACCUGUCCGUUCCGGCAAGGACGCUUGCCACGGCCGUUAAGCCUGGCAUCAGGGAGCCGACAGAGCGCGACUUAAUUACCACCCUACCCAAUGGCAUUCGCGUAGCCUCGGAGGAUCUUCCCGAUGCCUUCUCGGGCGUGGGUGUCUACAUCGAUGCUGGGUCGAGGUUCGAAAACGACUCGCUGCGCGGGGCGAGCCACAUUAUGGACCGGUUAGCCUUCAAGUCGACAGGGUCACGGUCUGGAGACGAAAUGCUGGAGGCGGUUGAGAAACUGGGCGGCAAUAUCCAAUGUGCAUCCUCUAGGGAGUCCAUGAUGUACCAAGCGGCGACCUUUAACGCGGCCAUUCCCACCACGGUUGGUCUGUUAGCCGAGACGAUCCGCGAUCCGAAGCUCAGCGAUGAGGAAAUCGAACAACAACUCGAAACGGCCGACUACGAAGUGAAGGAGAUAUGGUCGAAGCCUGAGCUGAUCCUGCCCGAGCUGGUCCACACUGCCGCGUUUAAAGACAACACUCUCGGAAACCCGCUGUUGUGCCCGCAAGAGAGGUUAGGCGCUAUCAACAAGGAGGUCAUCCAGACGUACAGGGAUGCCUUCUAUAAGCCCGAACGGAUAGUCGUGGCAUUCGCCGGCGUCCCACACGCAGAAGCCGUCAAGUUAGCUGAGCAACACUUUGGGGAUAUGAAGGCAGCGCCACCAGCGCUCUCCAGAACGGGGUCAGAAACAUCACUCGACUCGGUGGGGUCAGAAUCUAGCGACGCAUCAAGCGCCUCAUCUUCCUCAUCAUCCACAACUUCUAGCCCAGAAUCGUCCGGGCUGCUUUCCAAAAUCCCUUUCCUCAAGAAUUUCUCCUCUAGCAACACUUCCGCUCCCGGUCCCAUCAUUCCCAUCUCCCCUGAGGAUUUGGCCCGACCAGCCCACUACACAGGCGGUUUCCUUUCCCUCCCUCCCCAGCCGCUCCCGCUAAACCCCCACCUCCCCACAUUCACACAUAUCCAGCUCGCCUUCGAGGGCCUACCCAUCUCCUCCGAAGAUAUCUACGCUCUCGCGACGUUGCAAACCCUCCUUGGCGGCGGCGGCUCCUUCUCCGCCGGCGGGCCCGGGAAGGGCAUGUACUCGCGCCUGUACACGAACGUACUCAACCAGCACGGGUGGGUCGAGUCCUGCGUCGCCUUCAACCACUCGUACACCGACUCGGGCCUCUUCGGCAUCGCCGCCUCCUGCUACCCAGGCCGCACCACCGCCAUGCUGCACACCAUCUGCCGCGAGCUGCAGGCCCUGGGCACCGAGGGCGGGAGCCUGGCCCUUAACCCCAUCGAGGUCGCCCGCGCCAAGAACCAGCUGCGCAGCAGCCUGCUCAUGAACCUCGAGAGCCGCAUGGUCGAGCUCGAGGACCUCGGGAGGCAGGUGCAGGUGCACGGGCGGAAGAUCCCCGUCAAGGAAAUGACGCGCAAGAUCAACGACUUGACCGUCCAAGACCUAAGGCGGGUGGCGAGGAUGGUGGUGGGCGGGAUGGUGGAUAACAAGGGCAAGGGCAGUGGCGCCCCCACGGUCGUGCUGCAGGAGGCAACGGCGCAGGGCGUCACAACGACCACGCUACCCUGGGAGCAAAUUCAGGAUAUCGUCCACCAGUGGGGGCUGGGGAAGGCAUGA